AGCGGCUCCGCACAAAACUGGCUGCUUCUGGUUUGCACGCAUAAAUACAAAAAAAGUGAGCCGGUGGGAAGGAGGCGAACCACUGGCACAAAAGGCGAGCCUGGGCUCCGCAGCGCGGCGUGAACACGACGAGACACUCGGCCCAAAUUGCAGAGGAGCUUGGACGGCAUGCAAAGUUGUGAAAUCUCCUCAGACGGCACUGAUGAUCCUCUUAGUAGCGGCCUGCGCACUACUCGGCAGCCUCGAAUAGUCGUGAUCGGCGCUGGCUUGGCCGGCCUCGCUGCAGCCAAGGUCCUGCUCAAGAGGGGCUUCACCGAUGUCACAGUCCUAGAGGCUUUAGACCGCGUCGGUGGGAGAGUUCAAAGUGUUAAGCACGCACGACUUGGCGGCGGCGAGCUGGGUGUCGCUUCAUACCAGGAUGCAUAUAUUUUUGUUGUAAAACCUCGCAUGCAUUUUGACAUCAGAGACUCUCCACGCUUCGCUUUUCCAUCUACAGGGGAAACCGCUUUGGAGCUAGGAGCCACCUGGAUCCAUGGCGGCAAAGGGAACCCAGUGUACCACCUGGCAGAGGAGAACGGGUUGCUGGAACAAACCACAGAUGGCGAAACGAGUGUGGGUCGUAUCAGCCUGUACAGCAAGAACGGCGUCGCUCACUACCUGACCAACAUUGGCAAAAGGAUCCCCAAGGACCUAGUGGAGGAGUUCAGUGACCUCUACAAUGAGGUGUACGAGCUGACUCAGGAGUUCUUCCAGCAUGGGAAGCCCGUUUGCGCCGAAAGCCAGAACAGCGUUGGCGUCUUUACACGAGAUGUGGUGCGCAAGCGGAUCACGAUGGAUCCUGAUGAUUCCGAGGGCGCCAAGAAGCUCAAAUUGUCCAUGCUUCAACAGUACCUCAAGGUAGAGAGUUGUGAAAGCAGCUCACCCAACAUGGAUGAGGUGUCUCUGAGUGAGUUUGGCGAGUGGACUGAGAUCCCUGGUGCACAUUAUGUCAUUCCCGCAGGCUUCAAUAAGAUCGUGGCGCUCCUGGCCAGGCACAUCCCCCCUCACACCAUCUGCCUUAACAAACCAGUCCGCUGCAUCCACUGGAACUACUCGGUCGAUCGGCACUACGAGUCGAUCGGCAGGAGCGACGACGCAAACCGGGACAACAACCACAAUCGAAACAACAGCGGGCGCCAGGAUCCCCUCAACGCGCGCCGCCCCAUUUGCGUGGAGUGCGAAGACGAGGAGUGGAUCAUGGCCGACCACGUGAUCGUGACGGUCUCCUUAGGUUUGUUGAAGCACAACCACGAGGGCAUGUUCUCACCUUCUCUCCCCGAGGACAAGGUGCUUGCCAUUGAGAAGCUGGGCAUCAGCACCACAGAUAAGAUUUUCUUAGAGUACGCCGAGCCAUUCUGGAGCCCCGAGUGUAACAGCAUUCAGUUUGUGUGGGAAGACGAGGCUCAGCUUGAACAGCCGACCUACCCCGAGGAGCUGUGGUACAAGAAGAUCUGCAGCUUCGACGUGCUCUACCCGCCGGAGCGCUACGGCUACAUGCUGAGUGGCUGGGUAUGCGGCGAGGAGGCCCUCUACAUGGAGCGCUGCGAUGACGAAACUGUAGCGGAGACGUGCACAGAGCUGCUUAGGCUCUUUACAGGGAACCCUAACAUUCCAAAGCCCCGGCGUAUCCUGCGCUCCUCCUGGGGUAGUAACCAAUACUUUCGAGGGUCUUACGCCUACACCAGGGUGGGCUCCAGUGGCGAAGACUUUGAGAGUCUGGCCAUGCCGCUGCCUUACGGCAACAGCACCAAGGCUCCGGCCCUGCAGCUCCUGUUCGCUGGAGAGGCCACCCAUCGCAAAUACUAUUCCACUACCCAUGGUGCAUUGAUGUCUGGACAGCGAGAGGCCUACCGUCUGGUGGAGAUGUACCAGGACUGGCGCAAUGCUGACACCACAAAGCCUAAUAUGUAAAAAUUAGGAUUAAAAACACAACCUCUGACUAGUGAGAAAAAAACAAAAAACACUUUUUUAAAAAUACAUAAUAUAUAU